GGAGGAGGGGCGGCGGCGGGGGUGUGCUAGUGCGCUCGCGGUCUGGGGCCUCAGCGGAGAGGAAGGAAACACAACAAAGAGCGUGUGUGUGUGUGUGUGUGCUUUAUUUUUAUUUUUGUGAUAUCGUGUGUCGUUGCUGUGCUGCGGGAAAUACAUUCCGAUAUACUGUUCGAACCCAAGAACCCUUUCACUCGUCUAGCAUCCCGGUAACCAAGUGCAUGUCGCAACACAACUCGAGGGAAGCCUAACUCGGGGCGAGACGGCGGGGCGACGCCCGGGUCGCUGCCGUGAGCCCGCGGCGCCGCCUGCUGGGGGCGCCUCCAGCAUGGUGCGCCUCGGAGGAUGAAGAAGCAAAACGUCCGGACGCUCUCCUUGAUUGUCUGCACGUUCACCUACCUACUGGUCGGCGCGGCGGUCUUCGACGCCCUCGAGUCGGACACCGAGAAGCGGCGCUGGGAGGCCCUGGAAGCCAUCGAGAGGAUGGUGAUCAAGAAGUACAACAUAUCCGAGGACGACUUCCGCGUCAUGGAGACGGUGGUGCUGAAGACGGAGCCCCACAAGGCCGGCCAACAGUGGAAGUUCGCCGGCGCCUUCUACUACGCCACCACCGUGCUCACCACGAUAGGCUACGGCCACUCGACGCCCAACACGGUCGGCGGCAAGCUGUUCACCAUGUGCUACGCCAUCGUCGGCAUCCCGCUCGGCCUGGUGAUGUUCCAGAGCAUCGGCGAGCGCCUCAACAAGUUCUCGUCGGUGGUGAUCCGGCACGUGAAGCGCAUGCUGCACUGCAAGGACGUGAACGCGUCCGAGAUCAACCUCAUCUGCGUGGUGACGACCUUGUCCAGCCUCACCAUCGCCGGCGGGGCGGCCGCCUUCAGCCGCUACGAGGGCUGGACCUACUUCGACUCCGUGUACUACUGCUUCAUCACGCUCACCACUAUAGGUUUCGGGGACAUGGUGGCGCUGCAGAAAGACAACGCCCUGGACGACAAGCCGGAGUACGUCGCGUUUGCGCUCAUCUUCAUCCUGUUCGGACUGGCCAUCGUUGCGGCCUCCCUCAACCUGCUGGUUCUCAGGUUCGUCACGAUGAACACGGAAGACGAGCGCCGCGACGUGGCCGAAGCGCUCCAGUAUUAUUUCAAGGCAUACGAGGGGAAGCUUGGAAAAUCCAGGCGGCCCAGGGGGCGGUGCGGCUGGAAGGGGACGUGAUCACCGCCAACGGCUCCAUCAUGAGCGGCCAGCUGGGGGCCGGGGACUCCACCUCCCUGGAGGACGUGGCCUCGGUGUGCAGCUGCAGCUGCAGCUGCUACCCGGGCGGCGGCGGGAGCGGCGGCUCCGACUGCGCCCGGCGGCGCUACGCUGCACGCAGUUCGUCGGGGCAGGUGGCCCCCCUGCUGCCCCUGCGGUCGCUCACCGGGGGGCUGAGCAGCAGCGACCUGCCCCCGCUGCACUCGCACCGCGCCUCCAUCUGACCCCUGCUGGGCCCGCCGGACUCCGAGUGCCGCGUGUCGAGGGACGUUCACUCACACCCACACAAACGGUCAAAGGACUAAUGUUGUUAUUCAAUAAAUUAUUAGAGGGAGGAGGGGGGGGGGGAAUAUCCUUUUUUUUUUUUCCUUGGCAAUAGUGUACAUAAAUAGUCAACUCAUUCUCGUUAAAAAAAUUUUUAGAAAAAAAAAAAACAACAUGAAAUGUUGAUAUCUUUCGAGUCCCUCUUACCGUUCGGCUAAACAAAUCCAAGUGAAAUCUUCACUGAAUACACAUUUUAACCUUCAGAUUGAAAUUAUGAUCUAAAUGUAAUAAAACAUUUCUGUUGUAUGUGUUAAUGACAAGCUAAGUGCUGUGGAAAAAAAAUAUAUAAUAAUUCUCUGUUAUUACUUUAACAAAUUGUUUGUCAAACAUUAAAAAAAAAGUGACAUUUUUGCACAGUUCUUGAAAAUAUGUGUAGAAAAAAAAUAUUGCUUAAAUAUGUUUAUAUUGUUAAUCUAAGUAAAAUGCUGUUAGUAUUUUAAAAUAAAUUUGCAUUCAUAAAAAUUUUAAUUAUUAAAAAAAAAAUUUAAGGGACUCUUGUAAGCAGAUUGCUUUAUAAUUUUUUUUUUUAAACAAAACUAACAGUAAUCAUAAAUCUAAUUAAUAAUAUAGGUGCAGAAUAACAACAUACUCCUAAUAUUAAAUACCAAGAAAAAUAAAAAAAAUAACUGCCCAAUCGAUUAUGGGCCACAGUUUACUUAUAUAAAUGUAUACAUCGAUAACUGCAUUGACAAAUAUUUCCCAUACAUCCUACGCAUGUAUUUAAAUACUUUUUUUAAAAAUAAAACAUAUAUCUUUCUACAAAUUCAAACAGCAUUUUAUGAAGCCUGAUGGAUCAAAGCAAACAAGGUUUGAAAAACCUUGGGUGGACUGAUAUGGCUCGAUACCAAAGGAAGUGUGUUUCAGCUAUGUUCUGGAUUAAUAAAGAUUUUCUAUAAAAAAAAAAAAAUAUUGUUUCAUU